AUGGCAGGGGAUGGAGAUUUGCAGCGGGAAAUUCUCCAAAGGACCCUCAAGGAGGUGGCAGAUGAGGAAACCGAGGGCGAUCCUUGCGUGAUUUGUCUGGAGACUAUCACUGAACCCAGUGUCGCAGUGCCGUGCAAACACUCCAACUUUGAUUACCUCUGCCUCUUGAGCUGGUUGGAGCAGCAGCCCAACUGUCCUCUAUGUAAGGUUCAACUCACGAAGGUGCAAUAUGACCUCAAAGGCCCGCGGGGUCCCAAAACAUACAAUGUGCCUCCUCUCACUCAACCAUCUAGGGAGCCCCACCAAGUCCCUGGCAUUCGGUCGCGAGCUCUCGCAGGUGGGCUCCUAAUAGAUCACUCAAGAAGGCGACGGCCGCAACCCAACUCACGCCGGCCUCAGACCCCCUCAGACGACCCUCUUGCCGUGCGGCGAAACGUCUAUCGCAACCAAUUGUACUCCCUCAGAGUCGGGUCUAACCGACUUUCACAAUACACCGAAGUGACACCAGAGCAAUUCAAUCGCGAUGAGAACCUCGCUUCGCGCGCUCGGAAAUGGAUCCGCCGGGAACUACAAGUAUUUGCUUUCUUGAAUCCGGGGAAUGAGGAAGGCCCGACAUCCGGACCAGCCCGACCUGGAUCCCAGAGGCUGGAAGAACGUAGAGCCAACAAUGCCGAGUUCCUGCUCGAAUAUGUGAUUGCUAUUCUGCGCACCGUUGAUAUUAAGGGAAGCGCGGGCCAGGCGGAAGAGCUGCUUCGUGACUUUAUUGGUCGUGACAAUGCUCGUUUGUUCCUACAUGAAUUGCUCGCAUGGUUGAGGAGUCCUUACACGUCUCUUCAAGACUGGGAUCGCCAUGUACAGUACCCGAGUCUUGCGCAGCGCCCAAAUCGUGCACAGCAUUCUCGUGAAAGAGACAGUGAAAGAGGCAGUGACGAAGGCAACAACGGGCCAAACCGUCAGGCUCGUCGUCCACCUCGGAAUCCGGAAAUAGCCCGCGGUCGUAGUGCAUCCCCUGUUCGUGACCAUGACCGAAGUCUUUUUGAUCGAAUUUCGAGGCCUGAACAGCCUAGUUUUUCGCGGACUCCUCGGGCCCGACCCAAUCGCCGUCCAAGGCCACCACGAAAUCGAAGCCUUUUAGAUCGAUAUAUACCCGACUAA